AUGGAAGAAAAGGGGGAGAGGAUAGGGGAGGAGAAGUCGGACCCAGUCGAGCUAGGCGAUAGGGGCACUCCUCAGGGAUCGGUCUUGUCACCCCUGCUCUUCAAUCUGGCCCUCCUGCCCCUGCCCGAUCUGCUCAAGCAAAUCGAAGGCGUGGACCACGCGUUCUACGCCGACGACAUCACUUUGUGGACGGCCCGAGCCGGGUCCGAUGCCUGGGUGGAGGAAGCCUUGCAGCGGGCGGCGACGACCGUACACGAGUACGCCAAGUCGUGUGGACUGAGCUGCGCUCCCCAGAAAUCGGAGCUACUCAUGAUUCAACCGGGAAAACCCAAGAAGGAGCCGCCGCCUAACGUGACUAUCACCAUCGACGGAAUGGCCAUCAAGCCAACACAGCAGAUUAGGAUUCUCGGCCUACUGCUUCAGAGCGACGGGAAGGCACAAGCCGCCGUCACAAAGAUCAAGGCUACAACCGAACAGAUACUUGGUAUGAUUCGGAGGGUGUCUAACAGAAACCGAGGCCUGAAAGAGGACGAUGCUAUGCGCUUGGUACGCGCGUUCGUCGUGUCGCGGGUUACCUACUCCGCCCCGUAUCUCCAGCUGACGAAGGCGAAUAGGGACACCCUAAACACGAUGCUUCGCAAGGCAACGAAGCAAGCACUGGGCGUGCCAAUAUACUCGUCCACGCAAAGACUGCUAGACAUGGGCGCCCACAACACGGUGGAGGAGCUCAUCGAAGCCCACCUCUCUAAUCAAAGAAUCCGGCUCAGUCACACGGAGCACGGACGAGCCGUCCUACGCAAAAUAGGAUGGCAGAUCGAGCCAGUACCCAUCAAGGCGGCCCUUCCGGAAGACUGGAGGACGACCAUCCAAACCAAACCCCUUCCCCGGAACAUGACGCCGGGCAAGGACGACGAGAGGCGCACCGCACGGGCCAAAGCCAUGGCCCGGAAGCUGGAAGAGAACCCCAGGGUCCUGUACGCGGACGCCUCGCUCCGAAAACACAGUGACCGUGCGGCGGUGGUGGUUACAACCAAAGACAGGCUGAUCGUCAGCGCAUCCCUGAAGACAAUAGACCCCGCAGUUGCCGAGGAAGCGGCCGUGGCCCUCGCACUCGCACAGCCGAGCGUGGACACCGUGGUCACUGACUCGAAGACAGCCUACGGAAGCUUCCGCAGGGGGGUAAUCUCAUCCGCGGCCCGAGCCAUUCUAUCCAAGUGCAAGCCUCCGGGAAGAGCCGUAGAGCUCGUGUGGGUCCCGGCUCACUCGCAGGUAGCAGGCAACACCAUUGCCGACUAUCAUGCCCGAGAAAUGUCACUCCGGGCCGAGCAUGAGCCGGAAGAGCUACCGCACCCGGUUACAAGCUUUCGGGACAUUACCCGGAUGUACCGAGAGGAAAGGUGCAGACUGCCAGAGCCGCACCCCGAACUGACCAGGCAACAACAGACGAUACUGCGUCGAGCGCAGGCGGGAUCGCUUGCGCAUCCUGUACUGAUGAACCGCAUGUACCCUGCGGAACACGACACGCUCUGUCCGUUUUGCAAGAGCGAGAAUGGCACCCUGCCGCACAUCUUGACAGACCCCGCCCUACCGACUCAGCUUGCACUGACGGACAGGGGCCAGGAGCUGCUAGAUACAUACGGGUCCCGAAACUAG